AUGGUGUCCCUCGGUAUCCUUUCGUCUAGCGACAAGGCGUCAGCGAACCGAUCCAAGUCCGCCCACGCAGAGUCCGAGCUGCUACCAGACUACAUCCACGACGCCGCGCAGCUACCAUGUGUCCCACCCGAGCGGCCCGACCUCCAUCAGCUCAACAGCUGCCUCGAGGCGCUGGCCGCCGUGUUCCCCGACAUCCAGAUCGAAGUCUUUCGCGAGCUACUGUCCAACUUUGAUGGCGAGUCGCGGCUCGCCCUCGUCGCGGAUGCGCUGCUUAAGAACCGCGUCACAUGGGUCAAGGGCCGCUGGCGAGUCCCUGACAAGGACGACCCGGCCGGCCCGGCCGUGCCCCGACCCGACGCAUUUCGAAGCCCCGAGUACAAAAAGGCGGUGCGCACGCUCGCCUGGCAAGAGUUUCGCGGCCUGUCUCGUUCUGCGAUUGACGGUGUCCUUGCCGAGUCCAACUACUCGUACCUCGAAGCCCGCCGCACCCUCACCACGCUGUCGUCCAAGUCGUGGCGGUUUACGAUAUCCUCCAUCUUCUUUCGACGAAAGCCAAUAGCCACCGGAGAGGCCGAGAACCACCCACUCGUCGUUUGGAAAUCCAGCGGGCAGGGCUCUAUCCUACCCACCAUUCGUGCAACCGGUAGCGCCGAACUGGACAGAGAGCUCUACGAAACGCUGGUGGCACCGUUAAAGGCACGAGACAGGGAGUCCAAGGAGGCUACCGAUCGCGAGUUGGCCCAAACAUUGAACCAACAGGAAGCAGAAGAGGCCGGGGCUAUAUAUGAGUGCGGAUGCUGCUUCACCACGGCCCCGUUUGAAGAAAUGACUUCGUGCACGAAAUCCGGGCACAUGACUUGCUUCAACUGUGUGCGCCACUCUAUAAAGGAAGCACUCUUCGGGCAGGGCUGGCAGAGCAGCGUCAACGCCGCGACGGGUACGCUCAAGUGCCUAUCUACCGAGGGUGAUCGAUGUCCUGGGCAGGUCCCAUACGAGCAGCUUCAGCAGGCCAUGAUGCAGCAAAAGAGUGGCGCCGAAAUGCUACUCAAACUAGAUCGUCGCUUGGCAGACCACGGUCUGAUUGAGUCUAGGCUCCCCCUGAUUCGAUGUCCUUUUUGCAACUAUGCGGAAAUCGACGACCUGUACGUGCCGGCGGAGGAGGCUCGACUUCGCAUCCGAUUCGACAGCGGCUACCAGAUGCUGUUUCUCGGAGCCACAGCAAUUGCGAUGCUUCUGCUGCUUCCAGCCAUUCUCAUCGUCAUGCUGCUCUGCGCCGUUGUGGCUGCAUACGUCCCGCUGGCCCCGUAUCUCAAGGAGCACUGGACGCGGGCAGUCGGCCGACACAGCCGCCGACGGCGCGGCCUCAAGUUUACCUGCCAGAGUCCCGAAUGCAAGCGCGUCUCGUGUCUCUCGUGCCACAAGUCCUGGAAGGAUAUUCACAUCUGCCACGAGUCAUCGCUGGUCGCGCUGCGCACCCAGGUCGAGCAGGCCAUGAGCAUGGCGGUCAAACGCGUAUGCCCCAGAUGCAGCACGUCAUUUGUCAAGAAUUCUGGCUGCAACAAGCUCACCUGCCCCUGCGGAUACAAGAUGUGCUACGUUUGCCGCGCCGAUAUAGGUGAAGAGGGCUACCGCCACUUUUGCGAUCACUUUCGUCCCGACGGCGACCCGAGGCUUUGCAAGGAGUGCGAUCGCUGCAACCUGUGGGAGUCGGAAGACACGGACCGCAUACUGCGCGAGGCGCGGGAAGACGCGGAGCGCAGGUGGAAAGACAUGGAGAAGAGAGAGCUGUCCGGUAGCGAAAAGGCCUUUUUGGCCACGGGCUAUAUAAACAAGAGCCACGAUGUUGGUCUGCGCAAGCUACUGCGGCGCGGCCAGCUUCCCACACCCGCCGAAGUGUGCGACUUGGUGAUUGACACUGUUUUCAUUUAG